GCAGGGAAUUCUGGGAGCUGAAGCAUAGUUUGCAGAGACAGAGGAUAGAUCAGGAAGAUGUGUAGUGCUACUACAGAUACCAAGCACGACUUCUUCCUUGGAGAGGAAAAAUUCAGAACACUAUGUAUGGAAAUUGUAAAACAUUCACAGACUAUAGGAGAUGACUGGGAGUGGAUAUCUCUAAAGGGGACUGAUGAAGGCUAUAUGAGUAAAGUUUGCAACCAAACACGACCUGUUAGUUCAGAAGCUAGCCAAUGGGAGGAAAGUGAGUUUGACGACAAAGGAUAUGCUACUAAGAUUGUGGAGGAACAAGAGGAUGACUCUUCUGUCCAGGUGUCUCAAGAUAUAGAAGUGAUCCAUUAUGAAUACCAUGUCUUGUACUCCAUCAGUUACCAAGCUCCCGUUCUCUAUUUUAGAGCAAGCUUCUUAGAUGGAAGACCUUUAACCCUGGAUGAGAUAUGGCAAAGAGUUCAUGAAUGCUACAAACCUCAAUUACUAAAUGGACCAUGGGAAACAAUUACACAACAAGAACAUCCAAUUCUUGGACAGCCAUUUUUUGUACUCCACCCAUGUCGAACUAAUGAAUUCAUGUCAUUGAUUCACGGAAACACAAGCAGGAAUGGAAACUACAUUACAUCAUGGCUAAGUAUAGUAGGUCCUGUGGUUGGGCUAAUGUUGCCAUUAAGCUAUGGAAAAGCCAUGUGAAAGGCCAGCUUCAAGACGGGUGAUGACCUCUGCACGUCUGAGCCUAUGGCCUUUGGUCAAAGGGGACAAGGAUCAGCUGAAAGCAGUAGAGAUCGCUGAUGUGUGUGUUGAAAGGCACUGGCAUUACUGCUGCAAGGACGUGGGCAUGGAAGAACAAUAGAUGUAAUAUCCGUGCACACAAUGCUUUUAUAAUAACAGCCACAUCAUGCAGACAUAUGCAUCAACAUUACUUGCUGUAAAAUGUCCCAUACUCUGGAGAUCAAAAUCUAGCAAGAAAUCUAUUAAAAAUAAAACACGAGGCUGUGACAAGUUUUGUGAAGAAAGGGUAAUUCUUCAUGGCUCGAAAGUGCAUUAUUAUUAUUGUUAUUUGGUGUGUUUACAAAAAUUGUGAAAUGUUUUAAAACAAAUACUGCAAACAUGUUAAAUUAGAGCUUAAAGAGACACUUCGGAGCCUCUAAAGUACUUUAUAUGUGAAGACUGUGUCCUCUUUUUUUAUUUUACAAAAAGUUCAGAUUUCAAAAUAAAGUGAUACUUUCAUAAAUUAACCUUGUUACACCCCCCUGAUAUUUAGUAAAAAAAAAAAAAAAUCAGUCCUGUUACU